AUGGCACGUCGUGGUUUAUCGUUGCAACAAAUGCUUGAUUACAUUCAAGAGCUCGAUGAAGCAGAAGACCAAAAUCAACUAACAGAUAUACCAACUGCCAUUUACAUCGAACCUCCUGUAGAUGGAAACAUAUCGGGCGAAGAUGACGCUAAAGACGAAUGUGGGGGCAUCCCAGAUAAUGUUUGCCCGGCUCAGCUAGAAGGCGGCUGUGAAGGUGUAAUGACUAGUGGACGACAUUUACAAAAUUUUGAUGAAGAAGAUGAAAUUGGAGCUCCAAAUAUAAAAGAUUUGCCCGUUAUUGUGGUAGAAGACACAUAUCAAGGAAUGGAGGAGCAACCGACAACAUCCAAUCGUGCAACAUCACCAGACAGAAAGCGGUUACGUAAAGUGCGGCCAAAACCUUCAAAUGUUGCAUUGAUACCAGGGAAUAAGGAAGCAACAUUUGAAUGGGUAAAGAAUGAUUCGCCAUCUCUUAUUCCCAUUUUUCCAGUUGCAAAUUACGAAGAUUGUCGUAAUUUACUACCACACCAACAAUUUGCAAAAUUUUUUGAUGACACAUUAUUGGGACACAUUUGCGAACAAAGUGCAGUAUAUGCGAUCGAACAGAAUAGACCAAACCCUAAUAUAACAGUCAGUGAGCUUCGAGCGUUUAUCGGCAUAUUGAUCAUUACUGGCUACAAUUAUCACGCCAGUUACAGAAAUUUGUGGAGUCAGGAUGAAGACAUUCGCAACAACCUUGUAAGUGACACCAUGCGUCGGAAUCGAUUUCAAGAUAUUUUGCAAAGUCUUCUCUUCGAAGACAAUUCCAAGGCUUCUUCUAAAACCGGUGUAAAUGCCGACAAAAUGUGGAAAUUGAAGCCCCUUACUGAUCACUUGAAAGCAAAAAUGAUUGAACAUUUUCAUGCCGAACAAAAUCUUUCUUUCGAUGAAAGUAUGAUAUCUUAUUUUGGUAGACAUGGAUGCUACUUGGUGAACUUCGAAAUUUACCAGGGAAAGAAUCCUCGUUCGAAUGUUGAGUAUGAAGCCAAGUUUGGAAAAUGCGCCGCCCCUUUGAUCAAUAUGAUCGAUGAUUUUCCUGAUAGAUUGAAAUCGCUGCCACUUUCGUUUUACUUUGAUAAUCUGUUUACCAGUUAUCCUUUGUUAGCGUAUCUCAAAUCAUGCGGAUAUAAUGCUACGGGAACAAUCCGCGAAAAUCGUAUUCCAGCAAGCUGUCCACAGGUGCAUAAAAAAAACUUCAAGUCAAUGGAAAGAGGCUACUCGGAAUCAAUUGCGAUGAGAAGCACUGGAAUUCGAUUGGUGAAAUGGAAAGAUAAUAAUGUUGUCUGCAUGUUAUCUACCAGCUUUGGUGAAAAUCCGAAAUCAAUGGCACAGCGUUAUUUGAAGGCAAGUGGAGUCAAAAUAAAUGUACCCCGCCCUUGUGCGAUCACGGAAUACAACAAAUAUAUGUGCAGAGUAGACUGA